UUCAAUCUGUAAACCCUAGACAAUAAGUUCUUCAUAUGAUUUAUGCUUAGAGAAGAGACUGAAGGCCCUUUUCCACUGGUCUCCACAUUGGACUGGUUCUAGUCAGUGUUGACUGCAUGUGUUGCUUGUUGGUGGAUAAAGUGUUCCUGGAGGUUAACCUAACCCUGCAUUAGUGGCACCGCCACGGUAACCACCUCCAGAUGUGCUCUCCGGCCCCAUCUCACACUUUAUUUACAACCAGCCUUAUCGUGACAUCACUCCCAUCCUGACGCCUUCCUUUAGUCUUUGCUCCUUCAAGUUAAUACUUAAUCUCAACGACCCUUAAUCACAGGCCAGUCAGUUUACAGGAGCGGACCUGCCUGUGUCUUGGAGAGAGUUUUCAACUUCCAUGUUCAGGCAAGCAACAACCAGCAAGAUGUCGAAAAAUUCAAUGAUGUCAAAAACUUUUGCGGCUGUUUUUGCCCUUUUGACGGUUGCUGUUAUUGGGAGUCUGGUGACAAUGGUUAUAGUCUACAACAUUCGGUUACGUAUUCUGAAACCAACACCAAGACCAACUUUGCCAGUCACCACGCUUGCUCCACCACCAGAUAUGCGCCUUAGAGGGGACCUCCUACCCGAAAGCUACCACGUCUUCAUCCAGGUUCCUCUCUACACCAGGAUCAUUGAAGAGGUCAAUGUAACCAGUCCCAACCAAACGUAUUCUUUUGAAGGGAACGUGACUAUCUAUUUGCAGUGUGUCCAGAAAACUAAGACCAUCUUCCUUCACAGCCGCAACCAAAAUGUUUUCCGUCCACAUGUGAAGAACAUAAUUACGAAUAAGGAUGUGGGAGUUAAAAACUAUACAUUGCACAAUGAUAAAUCUGAAUUUUUGGAGAUUCAAUUGAUAGAUGACCUGAAUGUUGGACAAAAUUAUAGUUUGUUCCUGGCAUUUCAAGGAGAGUUAAAUGAAGCGCUGGAAGGACUGUUUUUGAGCACAUACCUGGAGGGCACACCAGCACACGUAGAGGACACCGAUGUGAACAGAUAUAUGGCGGCCACCAACUUGCAGCCAACUGACGCCCGGGCAGUGUUCCCCUGUUUUGAUGAACCUGCCAUGAAGGCUCGCUUUCACCUGACCAUUUUCCACCGGAAAGACACCACGGCUCUGUCCAAUCAGAAAGGAGAUACAUAUAUAAUGGAAGAAGAUAAAGAGUGGCAGUGCACACGCUUCCAGCCCACAGAGGUGAUGUCCUCCUAUCUGGUCGCUUUCACUGUGUCAGAGUUAAAGACAAAAAGUGCUUCUACUAAAAUCAAGACAUACGCACGCCCUGAAGCUGUUGAUGCAGGAUACACAGCUUACGCAGACAGCAUCACAGAGCCUAUUCUCAAUUUCUACCAAAACUAUUUUGGAAUCCUUUACACCCAGAAGCUUGGGGGAGCCUGUGUAGUGUUCAGGGCCAGUCUCAUUCAGAGUCUCAUACGGCGAGUGUUUGUCUCGUCCCUGCGCUGUCUGCUCACUGUCUGCUCUAUACCGAGUCUGCGCACUCAACGCCUCCAUUGUUUCGCCAGUAACAGCAGCGGAGACAGCGGCAGCGGCGACAGACAGGAGCCGAGAGGAGCUCCAUCAGCUCGGCCAGGCUGUGCGUCACGGUCUGCCCACUCCCGGCUGGUGUAG